CCGGCCCACCGCGCGAGGAGAUCUCGCACGGCGAGUCGGCGACACGGCGACGUCGCGACUUCUUCUUCUUCCUCCUCCUCCUCCUCCUCACCUCGGCCGCUGCCCGUCGCUCGGCGAGCCGCCGGCCCGACGGCGCCGCACGCGCAGGGAGCACUCGACCGGCGCUCGCCUUGGACGAAGGCGCCGGUUAGCCGCGAGGCAGCCGCCCAGCGCUCGCGUUCCCCCCUCCUGAUCCGUGGGGUUGCUCAGCGGGGCGCCGUGCCGGAGGAGAUGCAGAGGCUGGGGGAUUUCAGGCUCCCGCCCUUCUUCAACUACCCGCCUUACUUCACAUUGCAGCCUGUGCGAGAAACACGUGAAAAGCAAGUGCAGCUGUGGAAAGAUCUGAUACUUGAUUAUUGUAGAAGUCAAAAGCUAUAUAUAAUCUCCCUAGAAGAAGAUUUCCCAUUGUUCUCCAAUCCAAAGAUCGAGAGAUCUCUUAGCCAUGAAGCAAAGGAAGUAUUCCUUGCUGCUCUUGUUUAUGAAGGACGUGCAGAAUGGAUGGACAAAGGUCAUAAGAAGUGCCUCAUUCUUUGGUUGCGGAUACAAGAUUGGGCUAACUACAUAUUAAAUUUUGUAAAGGAUAAUGGGCUGGAAGAUAGUGUAAUGACUGUUGAAGAAAUACGUUCAGGAAUUGAAACACGUGGGACUGAACUUGCCGGAAUUGACCGUGGUGUUCUCAUGAGGGCUUUGAAGUUACUGGAACAGAAGGGCAAAGCAGCGAUUUUUAAGGGCACUUCAGCUGAUGAUGAAGGUGUAAAAUUUUCGGCUUAGUGUCUGGGGCCUGUGUGGCAGAUCAAUUAUCCUGACCAGCAUCUUUGAAUGACGAGAAUUCUUGCCAACCAGGACGCUGAUCACGUCCUCCCCAAACAUAUUUAUCUGCCUUACUGUUCACUGCUGCUGCUGUUAAAUGCCAUGUUGGCCUGUCCAUCUUUGACUGAAAAAACACUGUAAUCAGAACUUAAUUCAUUUCCACAAGCAUACCUACAAAACCCUCCUGUUGUUGUGUGAUAAAACUAGGAACUUGUCUUGCAUCUCAUGCAAAUAAAUUUUCUAUUUAAUCAGGUCUAUUUAGAAA